AUGGAUGGUCGCCAUGAGCAAGGUCUCGUAGCGUGGGCAAACACGUUCAACUCUUCCUUCCCAGAAGGGGCAGCACCGGCAGCCUCUUUGGCGGACUUCACCAACGGCGACGCUCUCAUCCCGAUCGCCCGCACUAUCUUAGGCGACGACCACGACGACCACGACAGUAAUGGGCAAGCAACCGCUUCUGGGUGGGCCGGCGUCUUUUUGUAUCUGCACUCGGCCGAUUUGAUCGAGGAAGAUGUCCAAGUCCCCACCGAGGAAGACAGCAAGAGAGAUAUGGCAGUUACGUGUCUGGAGGCCUUGUUGCACCACACUUGCCAAGACAGCUGCGCCGGCCGGGCGACCUUCAUCCGCCAAAUCAUGUCCCUCGACACCGACGUGCAGAGCGUUCUGAGGCAUGUCGUGGCCGGCGAGGAGCCGUCGGACGAAGACGGCGACGCGAGCAGCUCCGAAGCCGGCUCCCCUUACAGGGAUGACGGCGACGGCGGCGCCAGCAGCAGCUUCGCGGGAUCCCCCGCUGCGAGCGCGGCGGCACACCUCUCUCCUUUAAGCGGCGGCAGCCGCAGGCGCCGCACUAGCAUCACCACCAGCGGGUCGUCCUACGAUAGCAGCCGCUCUGACGAAGAAGACGACCUGGGAUUGAAAAGCUGGUACUCCCCCCACCCAAGGAGGAGCGCCCGCCGGAAGUCCAAGGUCUCGACAGGGGGCGGGACGGGGGAACGCGCGGCGCGGGUGGGGCCCAGGCCGCCGCGCGAGGGGCGCACCCUUGACAUGGAAGAAGCCGAGGAAGCUCUUGUCGGAGCGACCGCAGCUUCUGCCACAUCGUUAGCCCCUCCUGCGCCGCCUGCGAGUUGCGCGGCCGGCUGGACUGCUACUGCCGUGGAGGUUGUCGACCUCAAGGCCGAGGUGUCGCGACUCAAAGACCAGCUCGAACGCGCCGCCGCCGCCCGCGCGGAAGCGGUAACAGGCGUCAAAGCCCAGCGCGACGCUGCCGCCGAAAGGGAGGAAGAGCUGCGAGAGGACCUCUGGAAGGCCCGGCAGGCGGCAGAGAGGGUGACGAUCUCCGAGGAGGACGCCGUGAUCGCGGUGGAAAGGGAGAUGCGAGCGGAGUUCGAGACGGAGAUGGUCGCGCUGAAGGAGAGGGCUACCGAGGCCGAAGAGAGGGCGUCGGCUUUGGAGUCGUUCGAGGAGGAGGUCCUGCGCUUGCGAGACGACGUGGACAUCCUCAGGCCCGCGGAGGCCAAGCUUUCUAAGCUGGAGGACACCCUCUCAAGGUACCGCGAGAAGAUCGAGGAGCUGAGUGGCUUGCCGGGCCAGCUCAAGAGAGAAGAGAAGGCGCACGCUGAGGUGCUCGAUCGCUGCCUGAGACUAGAGACCGAAGUGACCCAGAUCCCCCAGCUGAGGCGACAGGUGGGCCAAUACCGCCGCUCCCAAACGGACAUGGAGGUGGCAAGCCGCGAACAGUCGAGGGAGCUCGAGACGGCCCGGGAAGAAUCGGCGCGGCUGUCGCAAGAGGUUAAAGAUCUCAGGGAAAGUUAUGAGACCGCGAGGGGCGAGCAGCGGAGGCUCCAGGAGAGGUGGAACACCAGGGACACGGAGGGGUCCGAGGAUGAAUGGGCCGGGGGGGGCAUUGGGGAAGGUAUCUCGGAGUUUAACCCGGAGCUGAUGGAGGAAAUGGCAAGGCUUCGACUUGCUAACGAGCAGCUGACGGCUAAGGUGGACCACACCACCGAGGAGACCAUCCUGGACCUCGAGCGGAAAGCCGGAGACGCCAGCCGUCUAGCGGACAAGUUCCACGACAGCCUGGCCUCGGAGCGGGAGGUCCGCGCCGCCGCUGAGCUUUCCCUCGCCCAAGCUCGGGCUCGCAUCGCCGACCUCGAGUCCCAGAUCGUCGCCCUGCGGGAGGAGCACCGGGCGACGGUCACCCGCCUGGAGGGGGAGUCUGACCGGCGGGAGGAGGGGCUACGGGGAGAGAUGGCGGCGGCGGCGGGAGCGGCGGCGGCGGCGGCGGCGCGAGUGGAAGAGGAGAGGAGCGGGGAGAGGGCGGAGCUCCGGGAAGCAGCGGCGAGGGAGGCGGAGCGAGCGGCAGCCGAGCUUGCGGCAGCCCGGGAGGCCCACGAGAAGGAGAAGAGGGAGUCGGCGAGGAAGGAAGAGGAGGCCGCCAGGGAGCUCGCGGACGCGAGGCUGGCUUUCGAGAACCGGGUAGCGGAGGUCGAGAAGGAGCUGGAGGGUAAGCUGCAGGAGGAGAGGAGGUCGUCCGCGGAGGAAUUGGCGGUGGCAAGGGAGAGGACGGCGGAGGAGGAGAAGGGGCGAUCGGAGGAGGCGCGGAUGAAGGAGGAGGCCGAGCAACAGGUGCGAGAGCUGGAGGAGAAGUUUUCAACGGGUAAGCAGGAGGCUCUGAAGGCCAUCGGCCGCCUCGAGACCAACGCUCGCGAGCAGAGGGAGGAGUCGGCGUUGCUGCUGCAGGAGCAGAUGGCGGAUCACGAAGCGAAGGUGGCUGCUGUGUCCGGCGAGUUCGCCAGGUACCGCGAGACCCACACGGUGGACGACGUUUCGUACAACCAAGACGUAGACCAAUGGGAGAUGAGCAUCGCCACCAAGAAGAAGAUGAUUGGAGACCUCCAGGGUCAACUGGGCGCCUUAGAGAAGGACAAGCGCAAGCUCGAGCGAGAGAAGACGUUCUACUGGGGACAGGCGGAGGAGCUAAGGAUGUCCGCGGCCGCGGGGGGUAGGGCGGACCCCUCCAGAGACGCCGAUCACUUGCAGCUGGUCGAGCAGACGAGGGAGCUUAUCGAGGAGAACCGCGAGCUGAGGCAGAGGGCGCAGGAGAAUAGCAGUGGUGGUGGUGGUGGUGGUGGCAGUGGUGGUGGUGGCAGUGGUGGUGGUGGUGGGAUGAGCACGCGCAGCGGUGGAAAGUGGGGAAGCAGCGGCGUGGCGGCGAUGAGGGCGGAGCACGAGGCCGAGAUGACCGCGCUUAAGGAGGAGAAGCAGGACCUGCUGCUCAAGUACCACGCCACCUCCGCCAAGCUCAACGGGGAGCAGCAGCGGUGCGCCGAGCUGAACGGGGAGAUCGAGGAGGCCCGCGCCCAGUUCGUCUCGCUGCAGCUGGUGAACAAGAGGCAGGAGAAGAAGCUCCAAGACUCUAUCGCGACUUCCGCGCGGAUGACACCACCGGCAACCGACAGCAGCAGCAGCAUCGACGACGACCCCUCUACCCAGAAGGAGAACCAAGCAGCGGUUCGCCGGCCUUCAUCGUCUUCGUCAUCGGCGCGCCACCUCCGGAGCCGGUCUGGCCGGGGAGGAGCCAAGGACAAGGGCGUAGAGCUGAGCCUCAAGGGCGUUGAAUGUGGGAGUUCCACCAAGGGAGGCUACGACGGUAGCGGGGCCGCCUGCGCUGCGCCCGGCGGACGGGGGCCACUUCGCGGCCUGGGCAAUGCGAGGCUGCAGGAGGAGGCAGUAUUGUUGGACAAGAAGAAAGCGUCGUUGGACAAGGAAGCAGAGGUGCUGGCGCGGGUCGGGCGGGUUGAUGAGGAUACUCCGCCGGAGUGUGUUCAGUCCUAG